UGUGUGUGUGUGUGUGUGUGUGUCUGAGGUCUUUAUAAACAGCAAGAUGGCACAGUAAGGACCAUCAGCAGUUGGGUGACUAGAGAAAGACAGACGUCCAUCUCAAUAAUAUCCAGGUAAGACAUGAUCUGUUGUUCUGGAGCUGUUCUUCUCUUAUUCUACCACUCUCUCUCUCUCUGUCUCUGUCUUUGUCUCUCUUUCUCUCUCUUUCUCUCUGUCUCUUUCCCUAUCUCUGAGUCACUGUCUCUCUCCCUCUCUCUCUCUCUCUCUCUCUCUCUCUGAGUCGCUGUCUCUCUCUCUCUCCCUCUAUCUCUCCCUCUAUCUCUCUCUCUAUCUCUGAGUCGCUGUCUCUCUCUCUCCCUCUAUCUCUCUCUCUGAGUCGCUGUCUCUCUCUCUCCCUCUAUCUUUCUCUCUGAGUCACUGUCUCCCCCUAUCUUCCACUCUCCCUUUCUCUCUCUCUCUCUCUCUCUCUCUCUCUGAGUUGCUAUCUCUCUCUCUCUCUCUUUCUCUAUCUGUCUAUUUCUCUCUCUUCCUCCACUGACUAAUCUCAUAAUUCUGAUAUUAUGUCCUGAUCUUUCACCUCUAUUUUUACUCCUGUCUGAAUACAGUUUGUAGUGUUAGUUUCAAGCUCUUAUGGACACCCAUCUGACAUGUUUACAUCUUCCCCUCCACUCCACUCCUCUCCUCUCCUCUCCUCUCCUCUCCUCUCCCCUUAUUAUUAAAAUGAUGAAUAUGAUUAUGAUGAAUUAUUAUGAUAUUUGUAUUUAUUAUUAUAAUUAAUGUAAUUAUUAUUAGGUGUGGGACGAUAACGUCGGACCAGAUGAACGCCUGGGAACCUGAACCACCACCAUCUACCCAGGAACACACAUCGAGACCUGCCACCUGAAGAGAGGCACCGUCUACUACACCUACAGCUACCAGAAGGAUCACCAGCAACAGAAGGAUGGUUAGAUUGUAACCUAUGACCUUCUAUCUGAUUGGUUCUCUCACCCUGUCACUCAUGUAUUCACUUCCUUAUAGCAUAAAUAAAAAAAAACAUGCUUUACGGCAAGAUGGUCUCAGUCUGGCUUAAUUUUUUUUUUUUAUAACAUAUUUUUUAUGUUAUUUUAUUGUUUUAUGCUUUCCCAGAAGAUGUCUUAGAUUGGUCCAUAGAAUAUUAAAAGGGAUAAAUCAAUAUUUCUACUAGAUUUGAGAUUUUAUGUCAAAGCUUUUUACAAUUCAACAUUUACCUUUUACAGUAAACCAUUAUUGUGCUUAAACUUGAGCUUAAUAUAACUUUUUGUUAUUCUAAGCUUUGGCCUUCAUUCCUAAUCAGCGUAUCAGAUAAAUACAAAACUGUUGACAGUACUGUACGUCACAAAACCGUAUUUAGUUUGGUUUAGAGACAUCACUGAGAACGGACCAGCUGUGGGUCUCCAUUGCCUCUUUGCAAUGUGUACGUGGGUGGGUACAGUAUGUGUAAGGGGGGGGGGGGGGUUGGUAUGUUUAUGACAGGGUGCCUGGGUAAGGUCCUUAUGAAGGGGAACAGUUAUGUUACUGUAUGUUAUCUUAAGGGUCCAACCUGGGACGACAUGCUGGGAAGCUGCAACCCCACCAUCAGCACAACCACAACGUUGUCAGGGAGCACUCCGAUAUACUUACCGUUUCACAUAUGAUCUAAAAAGCUAAACUGAUCGUAGAUCAUCUUUUAUGAAGACGCUUUAUGAUUACGAGCCCAGAUCAGGGCCAGUAUCCACAUCAGAGUAGGGUUGCCGAGCUAGGAUCAGUUUUAGUCUUCAGAUCAUAAUGAAUAAUAUUAUACAAUAUAUAACUUCUUCUUUAAGAGGCUCCUCUGUCCUCCACUCGUUACCUGUAUUAAUGGCACCUGUUUGAACUUGUUAUCAGUAUAAAAGACACCUGUCCACAACCUCAAACAGUCACACUCCAAACUCCACUAUGGCCAAGACCAAAGAGCUGUCAAAGGACACCAGAAACAAAAUUGUAGACCUGCACCAGGCUGGGAAGACUGAAUCUGCAAUAGGUAAGCAGCUUGGUUUGAAGAAAUCAACUGUGGGAGCAAUUAUUAUGAAAUGGAAGACAUACAAGACCACUGAUAAUCUCCCUCGAUCUGGGGCUCCACGCAAGAUCUCACCCCAUGGGGUUAAAAUGAUCACAAGAACGGUGAGCAAAAAUCCCAGAACCACACGGGGGGACCUAGUGAAUGACCUGCAGAGAGCUGGGACCAAAGUAACAAAGCCUACCAUCAGUAACACACUACGCUGCCAGGGACUCAAAUCCUGCAGUACAGACGUGUCCCCCUGCUUAAGCCAGUACAUGUCCAGGCCCGUCUGAAGUUUGCUAGAGUGCAUUUGGAUGAUCCAGAAGAGGAUUGGGAGAAUGUCAGAUGAAACCAAAAUAUAACUUUUUGGUAAAAACUCAACUCGUCGUGUUUGGAGGACAAAGAAUGCUGAGUUGCAUCCAAAGAACACCAUACCUACUGUGAAGCAUGGGGGUGGAAACAUCAUGCUUUGGGGCUGUUUUUCUGCAAAGGGACCAGGACGACUGAUCCGUGUAAAGGAAAGAAUGAAUGGGGCCAUGUAUCAUGAGAUUUUGAGUGAAAACCUCCUUCCAUCAGCAAGGGCAUUGAAGAUGAAACGUGGCUGGGUCUUUCAGCAUGACAAUGAUCCCAAACACACCGCCCGGGCAACGAAGGAGUGGCUUCGUAAGAAGCAUUUCAAGGUCCUGGAGUGGCCUAGCCAGUCUCCAGAUCUCAACCCCAUAGAAAAUCUUUGGCGGGAGUUGAAAGUCCGUAUUGCCCAGCGACAGCCCCAAAACAUCACUGCUCUAGAGGAGAUCUGCAUGGAGGAAUGGGCCAAAAUACCAGCAACAGUGUGUGAAAACCUUGUGAAGACUUACAGAAAACGUUUGACCUGUGUCAUUGCCAACAAAGGGUAUAUAACAAAGUAUUAAGAAACUUUUGUUAUUGACCAAAUACUUAUUUUCCACCAUAAUUUGCAAAUAAAUUCAUUAAAAAUCCUACAAUGUGAUUUUUUUUCUGGAUUUUUUUUCCUCAUUUUCUCUGUCAUAGUUGACGUGUACCUAUGAUGAAAAUUACAGGCCUCUCUCAUAUUUUUAAGUGGGAGAACUUGCACAAUUGGUGGCUGACUAAAUACUUUUUUUCCCCACUGUAUGUCUCCACAUGCCUGACUGAGAUGUGAGGUCAUUCCUCAGGAUCUUCGGUGUGUGCGUGUGCGUGUGCGUGCGUGCAUGUUUGCCAAUGGUAUGAUAUCCAGGUUGCGUCUCCCCUGCUUCUACAACAACACCACUGAGGCAGAAUUUGACUUUAUUCAAGCAAGGUAGUUAUUGAUGGCUGAUAGAGAAUUGAUAAAAAAUUGGUGGGAAAUUACUACACUGUCUCAAACUGAUUAGGUGAUGGAGCCUGGCCUUUGUGAAGAAGAUUAUGUUUGAUGGCAUUGGUAUCAGUCACAACAAGACAACCCAUUGGAUAAUCACAGUAUUGUCAUUAAUAACGUGACAGCCCAUUGGAUAAUCACAGUAUUGUCAUUAAUAACGUGACAGCCCAUUGGAUAAUCACAGUGUGGUCAUCAAUAACGUGACAUCCUAUUGGAUAAUCACAGUGUGGUUAUUAAUAACUUGACAACCCAUUGGAUAAUCACAUUGUUGUCAUUAAUAACGUGACAGCCCAUUGGAUAAUCACAAAGCCCUUGGUCUUUUCUUGGUCUUCCAUUCCCUCUUUCAUAGCUUCCACUCCUUUCCUUCCCUAGCUUCCUUUCCUCUCCUCCUUUUCUAGAUCCCGUUCCUCAUUUCCUAGAAUUCUUUCUUAUUUUCCUUUACUUUCCUCCUUUCUUAGUUUCCUUUCCUCAUUCACUUUCCUAGGUUCCUUUCCUCCUUUCCUAGGUUCCUUUCCUUGAUCUUUCCCAUCUUCCAUUCCUCCUUCCCUAGCUUCAAUUCUUCUUUCCUAAUUUCCUUGUCCCUUUUUUUCCCUAACUUCCUUUCCUCUUCGCCUUUCCUACUUUCUGUUCCUUUCCUGGCUUCAUUUCCUAGCAUUCCUUUCCUGGCUUCAUUUCCUAGCAUUGCUUUCCUGGCUUCAUUUCCUAGCAUUCCUUUCCUGGCUUCAUUUCCUAGCAUUCAUUUCCUGGCUUCAUUUCCUAGCAUUCCUUUCCUGGCUUCAUUUCCUAGCAUUCCUUUCCUGGCUUCAUUUCCUAGCAUUCAUUUCCUGGAUUAAUUUCCUAGCAUUCCUUUCCUGGCUUCAUUUCCUAGCAUUCCUUUCCUGGCUUCAUUUCCUAGCAUUCCUUUCCUGGCUCUAUUUCCUUUAUUUUCUCCCCUCCUUUGCUUUCCUAGCUCCCAUUCCUACUAUCCUUUCCUAGCUACCUUUCCUUUCCUACUUUCCUAGCUUCCUUUUGUUGGUCUUUGCACACUCUUGGCAUUCUCUCAGCCAGCUUCAUGAGGUAGUCACCUGGAAUCCAUUUCAAUUAACAGGUGUGCCUUCUUAAAGUUAAUUUGUGGAAUUUAUUUCCUUCUUAAUGCGUUUGAGCCAAUCAGUUGUGUUGUGACAAGGUAGGGGUGGUAAAAGACCAAGUCCAUAUUAUGGGAAGAACAGCUCAAAUAAGCAAAGAGAAACGACAGUCCAUCAUUACUUUAUGACAUGAAGGUCAAUCAAUACGGAAAAUGUCAAGAACUUUGAAAGUUUCUUCAAGUGCAGUCGCAAAUACCAUUAAGCGCUAUGAUGAAACUGGCUCUCAUGAGGACCGCCACAGGAAAGGAAGAACCAGAGUUACCUCUGCUGCAGAGGAUAAGUUCAUUAGAGUUACCAGCCUCAGAAAUUGCAGCCCAAAUAAAUGCUUCACAGAGUUCAAGUAACAGACACAUCUCAACAUCAACUGUUCAGAGGAGACUGUGUGAAUCAGGCCUUCAUGGUCGAAUUGCUGCAAAGAAACCACAACUAAAGGACACCAAUAAUAAGAAGAGACUUGCUUGGGCCAAGAAACACAAGCCUUUGGUCUGGAGUCCAUAUUGGAGAUUUUUGACUGUUGGAAAAUCAUUCCAGGUGAAGCUGGUUGAGAGAAUGCCAAGAGUUUGCAAAGCUGUCAUCAAGGCAAAGGGUGGCUAUUUGAAGAAUCUCAAAUAUAACAUAUAUUUGGAUUUGUUUAACAGUUUUUUGGUUACUACAUGAUUCCAUAUGUGUUAUUUCAUAGUUUUGAUGUCUUCACUAUUUUUCUACAAUGUAGAAAAUAGUAAAAAUAACGAAAUCCCCUUGAAUGAGUAGGUGUUCUAAAUCCUUUGACCGGUAGUGUAUAUUUAUACUACGGACUCCGACAUUGCUCAUCCUAAUAUUUCUUUAUUUUCCAUAGGGCGGCGCACAAUUGGCCCAGCGUUGUCCGGGUUUGGCCGAUGUAGGCCGUCAUUGUAAAUAAGAAUUUGUUCUUAACUGACUUGCCUAGUUAAAUACAGGUUAAAUAAAAAAUAAAAAAAGUAUAUUAUUUUACUUUUCGAUUUGUUUAUUGUUAGAUACUACUGCACUGCUGGAGCUAGGAACACAAGCAUUUUGCUACAACCGCAAUAACAUCUGCUAAAUAUGUGUAUGUGACCAAUAAAAUUUGAAUUUAUUAUUUUAUUUUAUUUAUGUGAAUGUGUCUAAAGCAUGUUAGAAUACGCUCCAAAACAACUCAUAUUACAUCACAAUCCCAUUCUGAAUGUUUCUGCACAAAACAAAAUGUUUUAUCGUCUGUCACAUAAAUCCAUAUUUGCAUAUUGUCCUCAGAUCCUCAAAAAGUUUUACAGCUGCACCAUCGAGAGCAUCCUGACUGGUUGCAUCACCGCAUGGUAUGGCAACUGCUCGGCCUCCGACCGCAAGGCACUACAGAGGGUAGUGCGUACGGCCCAGUACAUCACUGGGGCCAAGCUUCCUGCCAUCCAGGACCUCUAUACCAGGCAGUGUCAGAGGAAGGCCCUAAAAAUGGCCAAAGACUCCAGGCACCCUAGUCAUAGACUGUUCUCUCUGCUACCUCAUGGCAAGCAGUACCGGAGCACCAAGUCUAGCUCCAAGAGGCUUCUUAACAGCUUCUACCCCAAGCUAUAAAACUCCUGAACCCCCCCCCCCCCCCUAUCUAUGCAUAGUCAAUUUAACUCUACCUACAUGUACAUAUUACCUCAAUUACCUCGACUAACCUGUGCCCCCACACUUUUACUCUGUACCGGUACCCACUGUAUUUAGCCUCAUUACUGUUAUUUUACUGCUGCUCUUUAAUUAUUUGUUAUUUUGUUUUUUACUUCUGUUUAUUUUAGUAAAUACUUUCUUAACACUUAUUUUUCUUAAUACUACAUGGUUGGUUAAGGGAUUGUAAGUAAACAUUUCACUGUAAGGUCUAAACCUGUUGUAUUCGGCACAUGUGACAAAUACAAUUUUAUUUGAUUGAACUGUUUAUUCACUGGACUGGCCUUUUGACAUUAUCUGGAAAAUAAUUUGUUCAAUCAGAACUUCAUGUUACACCUUAUAGGCUUCCAUAUGUCUCCUGGUAAUAUAGGGUGUGUUCUCAUUGGUUAAUUCAUCACUAAGUAGUCCUACAUACCACCUGUGGGUCAUCAUACCACCUGGGGGGGGGGCUGGGAUCUUUAUAAACAGCUAGAGGGCACAGUAAGGACCAUCAGCAGUUGGGUGACUAGAGAAAGACAGACGUCCAUCUCAAGGAUAUACAGGUAAGACAUUGUCUGUUGUUCUGGUUCUGUUCUUCUCGUCUACUACCUCUCUCUCUCUCUCUCUCUCUCUCUCUCUCUCUCUCUCUCUCUCUCUCUCUCUCUCUCUCUCUCUCUCUCUCUCUCUCUCUUUCUCUCUUUCAAUUCAAUUCAAUUCAAUGGGCUUUAUUGGCAUGGGAAACAUAUGUUAACAUUGCCAAAGCAAGAGAAGUAGAUAGUAAACAAAAGUGAAAUAAACAAUAAAUAUUAACAGUAAAAUUUACACUCAGAAGUUCCAAAAGAAUAAAGACAUUUCAAAUGUCAUAUUAUGUAUACAUACAGUGUUGUAACAAUGUGCAAAUAGUUAAAGUACCAAUGGGAAAAUAAGUAAACAUAAAUAUGGGUUGUAAUUACAAUGGAAUUAGUUAUUCACUGGUUGCCCUUUUCUUGUGGCAACAGAUAACACAUCUUGCUGCUGUGAUGGCACACUGUGGUAUUUCACCAAGUAGAUAAGAGAGUUUAUCAAAACUGGGUUUGUUUUCGAAUUCUUUGUGGAUCUCUGUAAUCUGAGGGAAAUAUGUGUCUCUAAUAUGCACAUAGCCUGUCUUCUCUUGAGAGCCAGGUCUGCCUACGGCGGCCUUUCUCAAUAGCAGGGCUAUGCUCACUGAGUCUGUACAUAGUCAAAGCUUUCCUUCAUUUUGGGUCAGUCACAGUGGUCAGGUAUUCUGCCACUGUACUCUCUGUUUAGAGCCAAAUAGCAUUCUAGUUUGCUCCGUUUUUUUUUGUUAAUUCUUUCCAAUGUGUCAAGUAAUUCUCUUUUUUGUUUUCUCAUGAUUUGGUUAGGUCUAAUUGUGUUGUUGUCCUGGGGCUCUGUGGGGUCUGUUUGUGUUUGUGAACAGAGCCCCAGGACCAGCUUACUUAGGGGACUCUUCUCCAAGUUAAUCUCUUUAUAGGUGAUAUAUUUGUUAUGGAAGGUUUGGGAAUCACUUCCUUUUAAGUGGUUAUAUUUUCUGGAUUUUAAUAAUUAGCAGGUAUCGGCAUAAUUCUGCUCUGCAUGCAUUAUUUGGUGUUUUUCGUUGUACAUGGAGGAUACUUUUGCAGAAUUCUGCAUGAGUCUCAAUUUGGUGUUUGUCCCAUUUUAUGAAUUAUUGGUUGGUGAGCGGACCCCAGACCUCACAACCAUUACGUUUUUUUAUAUUUUUUUAUUUUCAUACUGGUCAUACAUUUUCAUAAUGGUCCCCCAUGGGAAUCGAACCCACAACCCUGGCAUUGCAAGCGCCAUGCUCUACCAACUGAGCUACAUAAAGGGCAAUGGGUUCCAUAACUGAUUCAAGUAUUUUUAGCCAAAUCCUAAUUGGUAUGUCAAAUUUUAUGUUACUUUUGAUGGCAUAGAAGGCCCUUCUUGCCUUGUCUCUCAGAGACAAGUGGCAACAGAGACAAGUGGCAAGUGGCAACAGGUCACAAGUGGCAACAGGUCACAAAUCUUGCUGCUGUGAUUGCACACUGUGGUAUUUCACCCAAUAGAUAUGGGAGUUUAACAUAAUUAUAUUUGUUUUCACAUUUUUGUGGGUCUGUGUAAUCUGAGGGAGGUAUGUGUCUCUAAUAUGGUCAGCUCAGUUUCCACAUAAUUUCCCACCUAAUCUCUCUCUCUCUCUCUCUCUCUCUCUCUCUCUCUCUCUCUCUCUCUCUCUUCUUACACUGACUAAUCUCAUAAUACUGAUAAUAUGUCCUGAUCUUUCACCUCAAAUUUUACUCCUGUCUGAAUGCAGUUUGUAGUGUUAGUUUCAAGCUCUUAUGGACACCCAUCUGACAUGUUUAUAUCUUCCCUUCCUCUCCUCUCCUCUCCUCUCCUCUCCUCUCCUCUCCUCUCCUCUCCUCUCCUCUCCUCUCCUCUCCUCUCCUCUCCUCUCCUCUCCUCUCCUCUCCUCUCCUCUCCUCUCCUCUCCUCUCUCUCAGACAGUGUACCAUGGCCUCUCUCUCUCUGUCCCUGGGUCUGCUGGUGCUAUGCACCCUGGCUCUUGUACAAUGUGGCCCGUAUGACGACCGCGUCAGGGUGUGGGGCAUUAGUGCCACCAACCUGAAAGGAGACCUCCUCUCCCAGCCAGACCCCUACGUCAAGGUGAAUUUAUUCAUUCAUUUAACCUUUAUUUAACCGGAACAGUCAGUUAAUGAAACAUUGUUAUUUACAAUGAGGGACUGGCAGGUGGGGUGGUAAAACAGAAGAAGUACAAUAAUGUUACAGACAGGACAGGCAUCAUAACACAAAAGGACAGAGACACAGCAAUAAUCAACCACUAAACAGUAGACAGUCAGCAGUCAUUUGUUUGGAUAUCAAGUAGGCUACAGUGACAUGUGACCAUGAAAAUGUCAGUGAUUGGCUUGUUACUUGUUAGGCUGAAUGAACAAAAAAACUAACAAAUGAAUGAACAAACAAACAAACAAAAUAAUGAAUGAAUGCAUUUUAAAAUACAUAUAGAGGUUCCUCAUCCAAGUGAGCCAACUAUACAUACAUAAAAAAUCCUUGAGUAUUAAAGCACAAUCAUAAUAAAACAUGUUUAAUAAUAAAAGUCUACUGACAACAUUAACUUCCUUAGGUGUGGUGCGGCCCAGCCUUCGGUGGAAUGAGCAGCAUUCUGAAGAACCAGGCCAACCCCAACUGGCCCGGCGAGUUCAACUUCCUAGACAUCAUCGACGACUCUGUCCUGAAGCUGGAGGUGAGCUUUGAUCAAUGGAAAAGCAGUUUGUAUAUCCAAUAAAUUAUGAUGAUGAGGAAGAGGAAGAGGAGGAGGAGGAGGAGGAUAAUUAUGAGUAAUAUUAUUAUUAAUAUGAUAAAUAUGAUUAUGAUGAAUAAUUAUGAUAUUUGUAUUUAUUAUUAUAAUUAAUGUAAUUAUUAUUAGGUGUGGGAUGAUAACGUCGGACCAGAUGAACGCCUGGGAACCUGCACCACCACCAUCUACCCAGGAACACACAUCGAGACCUGCCACCUGAAGAAAGGCACCGUCUACUACACCUACACCUACCAGAAGGAUCACCAGCAACAGAAUGAUGAUUAGAUUGUAACCUAUGACAUUGUGUCUGAUUGGUUCUCUCACCCUGUCACUCAUGUAUUCACUUCCUUAUAGCAUCAAUUAAAAAAAACGUGCUUUACGGCAAGAUGGUCUCAGUCUGGCUUUAUUUAUUUUUUAAUAACAUAUUUUUUAUGUUAUUUUAUUGUUUUAUGCUUUCCCAGAAGAUGUCUUAGAUUGGUCCAUAGAAUAUUAAAAGAGAUACAUCAAUAUUUCUACUAGAUUUGAGAUUUUAUGUCAAAGAUUUUUACAAUUCAACAUUUACCAUUUACAGUAGACCAUUAUUGUGCUUAAACUUGAGCUUAAUAUAACUUUUUGUUAUUCUAAGCUUUGGCCUUCAUUCCUAAUCAGCGUAUCAGAUAAAUACAAAACUGUUGACAGUACUGUACGUCACAAAACCGUAUUUAGUUUGGUUUAGAGACAUCACUGAGAACGGACCAGCUGUGGGUCUCCAUUGCCUCUUUGCAAUGUGUACGGUGGUUGGUACAGUAUGUGUAAGGGGGGGGGUUGGUAUGUUUAUGACAGGGUGCCUGGGUAAGGUCCUUAUGAAGGGGAACAGUUAUGUUACUGUAUGUUAUCUUAAGGAUCCAACCUGGGACGACAUGCUGGGAAGCUGCAACACCACCAUCAGCACAACCACAACGUUGUCAGGGAGCACUCCGAUAUACUUACCGUUUCACAUGUGAUCUAAAAAGCUAAACUGAUCGUAGAUCAUCUUUUAUCAAGACGCUUUAUGAUUACGAGCCCAGAUCAGGGCCAGUAUCCACAUCAGAGUAGGGUUGCCGAUCUAGGAUCAGUUUUAGUCUUCAGAUCAUAAUGAAUGAUAUUAUAUGGACAGAUCCUAGAUCAGAACUCCUACUCUGAGAUGCUUUGGGGAUAUUGGCCCAACACUCUUCAUCUGUCCCUGAGGUGGGUUUUGAAUAUGGGGUGAGAGAACGCUUUCCAACAACAGGUGGUUUCUGUUGACUGUCUAAUGGAUGUUCUUGAACAGCAAAACAGCUGAGAGCAGAGAAUUACAUUCACUUUUGAGUCAUUUAGCAGACGCUCUUGUUCAGAACGACUUACAGAGGAGGACAGAGGAGUCGAGGAGAGGACAGACUUUUGCCCAAAUGAGAAUCUCCCAGGGAAUAAAAUGUAUCUCAGUGACCGGGAAAACUAAUGAGUGGUUGAGAGGUCGAGGAGAGUGUUAAUUCGUUUGUAGGUGAAAGGAGGAGUCUGCUCUCCUCCUGGAUUACCUACUUCAGCAGAGGAUUCCCAUGAGUAUCCUUUUGGGUUCUAGAGUAUCCUUUCAGCUUCUAGCUCGGAAGUGUUUUAAAAUCCACCUCACCCCCUUUGAAUCAGCUGUUGUUUUCUGGAAGGAGAAAAGCAUGCUACUUAUACUUUUAUCUAUAAAAUGUCUUCUACAACUAAUAGCUACUUUUAUUUGUAUCACUUUACACAUUUAUUUUGGGAUUACAAUGAGCCAACGAGGAUGGUAUGACGGUAUGUCUCCACAUGCCUGACUGAGAUGUGAGGUCAUUCCUCAGGAUCUUCGGCGUGUGCGUGUGCGUGCGUGCGUGCGUGUUUGCCAAUGGUAUGAUAUCCAGGUUGCGUCUCCCCUGCUUGUACAACGACACUACUGAGGCAGAAUUUGACUUUAUUCAAGCAAGGUAGUUAUUGAUGGCUGAUAGAGAAUUGAUCAAAAUUGUUGGGAAAUUACUACACUAUCUCAAACUGAUUAGGUGAUGGAGCCUGGCCUUUGUGAAGAAGAUUAUGUUUGACGGCAUUGGUAUCAGUCACAACAAGACAACCCAUUGGAUAAUCACAGUAUCGUCAUUAAUAACGUGACAGCCCAUUGGAUAAUCACAGCAUUGUCAUUAAUAACGUGACAGCCCAUUGGAUAAUGACAAAGCCCUUGGUCUUUUCUUGGUCUUCCAUUCCCUCUUUCAUAGCUUCCACUCCUUUCCUUCCCUAGCUUCCUUUCCUCUCCUCCUUUUCUAGAUCCCGUUCCUCAUUUCCUAGAAUUCUUUCUUAUUUUCCUUUACUUUCCUCCUUUCUUAGUUUCCUUUCCUCAUUCACUUUCCUAGGUUCCUUUCCUCCUUUCCUGGGUUCCUUUCCUUGAUCUUUCCCAUCUUCCAUUCCUCCUUCCCUAGCUUCAAUUCUUCUUUCCUAAUUUCCUUGUCCCUUUUUUUCCCUAACUUCCUUUCCUCUUCGCCUUUCCUACUCUCUGUUCCUUUCCUGGCUUCAUUUCCUAGCAUUCCUUUCCUGGCUUCAUUUCCUAGCAUUCCUUUCCUGGCUUCAUUUCCUAGCAUUCCUUUCCUGGCUUCAUUUCCUAGCAUUCCUUUCCUGGCUUCAUUUCCUAGCAUUCAUUUCCUGGCUUCAUUUCCUAGCAUUCCUUUCCUGGCUUCAUUUCCUAGCAUUCCUUUCCUGGCUCUAUUUCAUUUCUUUUCUCCCCUCCUUUGCUUUCCUAGCUCCCAUUCCUACUAUACUUGCCUAGCUACCUUUCCUUUCCUACUUUCCUAGCUUCCUUUCCUUGGUCUUUGCACACUCUUGGCAUUCUCUCAACCAGCUUCAUGAGGUAGUCACCUAGAAUCCAUUUCAAUUAACAGGUGUGCCUUCUUAAAGUUAAUUUGUGGAAUUUAUUUCCUUCUUAAUGCGUUUGAGCCAAUCAGUUGUGUUGUGACAAGGUAGGGGUGGUAAAAGACCAAGUCCAUAUUAUGGGAGUUCACAGAGUUCAAGUAACAGACACAUCUCAACAUCAACUGUUCAGAGGAGACUGUGUGAAUCAGGCCUUCAUGGUCGAAUUGCUGCAAAGAAACCACAACUAAAGGACACCAAUAAUAAGAAGAGACCUGCUUGGGCCAAGAAACACAAGCCUUUGGUCUGGAGUCCAUAUUGGAGAUUUUUGACUGUUGGAAAAUCAUUCCAGGUGAAGCUGGUUGAGAGAAUGCCAAGAGUGUGCAAAGCUGUUAUCAAGGCAAAGGGUUGCUAUUUGAAGAAUCUCAAAUAAAACAUAUAUUUUGAUAUGUUUAACACUUUUAUGGUUACUACAUGAUUCCAUAUGUGUUAUUUCAUAGUUUUGAUGUCUUCACUAUUUUUCUACAAUGUAGAAAAUAGUAAAAAUAAAGAAAACCCCUUGAAUGAGUAGGUGUUGUAAAUCCUUUGACCGGUAGUGUAUAUUUAUACUACGGACUCCGACAUUGCUCAUCCUAAUAUGUCUUCAUUUCCCAUAGGGCGGUGCACAAUUGGCCCAGCGUUGUCUGGGUUUGGCCGGUGUAGUCCGUCAUUGUAAAUAAGAAUUUGUUCUUAACUGACUUGCCAAGUUAAAUACAGGUUAAAUAAAAAAUUUAAAAAAGUAUAUUAUUUUACUUUUCGAUUUGUUUAUUGUUAGAUAUUACUGCACUGCUGGAGCUAGGAACACAAGCAUUUCGCUACAACCGCAAUAACAUAUACUAAAUAUGUGUAUGUGACCAAUAACAUUUGAAUUGAUUAUUUUAUUUUAUUUAUGUGAAUGUGUCUAAAGCAUGUUAGAAUACGAUCCAAAACAACUCAUAUAACAUCACAACCCCAUUCUGAAUGUUUCUGCACAAAAAAAUUGUUUUUAUCGUCUGUCACAUAAAUCCAUAUUUGCAUAUUGUCCUCAGAUCCUCAAAAAGUUUUACAGCUGCACCAUCGAGAGCAUCCUGACUGGUUGGAUCACCGCAUGGUAUGGCAACUGCUCGGCCUCCGACCGCAAGGCACUACAGAGGGUAGUGCGUACGGACCAGUACAUCACUGGGGCCAAUCUUCCUGCCAUCCAGGACCUCUAUAUACCAGGCGGUGUCAGAGGAAGGCCCUAAAAAUGGCCAAAGACUCCAGGCACCCUAGUCAUAGACUGUUCUCUCUGCUACCUCACGGCAAGCAGUACCGGAGCACCAAGUCUAGCUCCAAGAGGCUUCUUAACAGCUUCUACCCCAAGCUAUAAGACUCCUGAACAGCGAAUCAAAUGGCUACCCGGACUAUUUGCAUUGCCCCCCCCCCCACCCCCUCUUUUAAUCUGCUGCUAUUCUCUGUUUAUUAUCUAUGCAUAGUCAAUUUAACUCUACCUACAUGUACAUAUUACCUCAAUUACCUGGACUAACCUGUGCCCCCGCACUUUGACUCUGUACCGGUACCCACUGUAUUUAGCCUCAUUACUGUUAUUUUACUGCUGCUCUUUAAUUAUUUGCUAUUUUGUUUUUUACUUUUGUUUAUUUUAGUAACUACUUUCUUAACACUUAUUUUUCUUAAUACUACAUGGUUGGUUAAGGGCUUGUAAGUAAGCAUUUCACUGUAAGGUCUAAACCUGUUGUAUUCGGCAUAUGUGACGAAUACAAUUUUAUUUGAUUGAACUGUUUAUUCACUGGACUGGCCUUUUGACAUGAUCUGGAAAAUAAUUUGUUCAAUCAGCAUUUCAAAUAUAAUUUCUUGUUACACCUUCUAGGUUUCCACAUGUCUCUUGAAAAUAUAGGUUGUGUUCUCAUUGGUUAAUGCGUAACUAAGUAGUCCUUCAUACCACCUGUGGGUCAUCAUACCACAUGGGGGGGGCUGAGAUCUUUAUAAACAGCAAGAUGGCACAGUAAGGACCGUCUGCAGUUGGGUGACUAGAGAAAGACAGACGUCCAUCUCAAGGAUAUACAGGUAAGACAUGAUCUGUUGUUCUGGUUCUGUUCUUCUCGUCUACUACCUCUCUCUCUCUCUCUCUCUCUCUCUCUCUCUCUCUCUCUCUCUCUCUCUCUCUCUCUCUCUUUCAAUUCAAUUCAAUGGGCUUUAUUGGCAUGGGAAAUGUAUGUUAACAUUGCCAAAGCAAGAGAAGUAGAUGGUAAACAAAAGUGAAAUAAACAAUAAAUGUUAACAGUAAAAUGUACACUCAGAAGUUCCAAAAGAAUAAAGACAUUUCAAAUGUCAUAUUAUGUAUAUAUACAGUGUUGUAACAAUGUGCAAAUAGUUAAAAUACAAAUGGGAAAAUAAGUAAACAUAAAUAUGGGAUUUAUUUACAAUGGAAUUAGUUAUUCACUGGUUGCCCUUUUCUUGUGGCAACAGAUAACAAAUAUUGCAGCUGUGAUGGCACACUGUGGUAUUUCACCAAGUAGAUAAGAGAGUUUAUCAAAACUGGGUUUGUUUUUGAAUUCUUUGUGGAUCUCUGUAAUCUGAGGGAAAUAUGUGUCUCUAAUAUGGUCAUACAUUUGGCAGGAGGUUAGGAAGUGCAGCUCAGUUUCCACCUCAUUUUGUGAGCAGUGUGCACAUAGCCUGUCUUCUCUUGAGAGCCAGGUCUGCCUACGGUGGCCUUUCUCAAUAGCAAGGCUAUGCUCACUGAGUCUGUACAUAGUCAAAGCUUUCCUUCAUUUUGGGUCAGUCACAGUGGUCAGGUAUUCUGCCACUGUACUCUCUGUUUAGAGCCAAAUAGCAUUCUAGUUUGCUCCGUUUGUUUGUUAAUUCUUUCCAAUGUGUCAAGUAAUUCUCUUUUUUGUUUUCUCAUGAUUUGGUUGGGUCUAAUUGUGUUGUUGUCCUGGGACUCUGUGGGGUCUGUUUGUGUUUGUGAACAGAGCCCUAGGAACAGCUUGCUUAGGGGACUCUUCUCCAAGUUAAUCUCUUUAUAGGUGAUGGCUUUGUUAUGGAAGGUUUGGGAAUCGCUUCCUUUUAAGUGGUUAUAGAAUUUAACGGCUCUUUUCUGGAUUUUGAUAAUUAGCGGGUAUUGGCAUAAUUCUGCUCUGCAUGCAUUAUUUGGUGUUUUUCGUUGUACAUGGAGGAUACUUUUGCAGAAUUCUGCAUGCAGAGUCUCAAUUUGGUGUUUGCCCCAUUUGAUGAAUUCUUGGUUGGUGAGCGGACCCCAGACCUCACAACCAUUACAUUUUUUUACAUUUUAGUCAUUUAGCAGACGCUCUUAUCCAGAGCGACUUACAGUUAGUGAGUGCAUACUUCAUACUGGUCAUACAUUUUCAUACUGGUCCCCCAUGGGAAUCGAACCCACAACCAUGGCAUUGCAAGCGCCAUGCUCUACCAACUGAGCUACAUAAAGGGCAAUGGGUUCUAUAACUGAUUCAAGUAUUUUUAGCCAAAUCCUAAUUGGUAUGUCAAAUUUUAUGUUACUUUUGAUGGCAUAGAAGGCCCUUCUUGCCUUGUCUCUCAGAUCAUUCACAGCGUUGUGGAAGUUACCUGUGGCGCUGAUGUUUAGGCCGAGGUAUGUAUAGUUUUUUGUGUGCUUUAGGGCAACGGUGUCUAGAUGGAAUUUGUAUUUGUUGUCCUGGCAACUGGACCCUUUUUGGAAAACCAUUAUUUUUGUCUAACUGAGAUACACUGUCAGGGCGCAGGUCUGACAGAAUCUGUGCAGAAGAUCUAGGUGCUGCUGUAGGCCCACCUUGGUUGGUUGGUGACAGAAGCACCAGACACUUUCUCUCUCUCUCUCUCUCUAUAUCUCUUUAUCUCUGAGUCGCUGUCUCUCUCUCUUUAUCUCUCUCUAUCUCUGAGUCGCUGUCUCUCUCUCUCUCCCUCUCUCUCUCUCUCUGAGUCGCUGUCUCUCUCUCUUUAUCUCUCUCUAUCUCUGAGUCGCUCUCUCUCUCUCUUUCCCUCUCUCUCACUCUCUGAGUCGCUGUCUCUCUCUCUCUCUCUAUCUGUCUAUCUCUCUCUCUUCUUACACGAACUAAUCUCAUAAUACUGAUAAUAUGUCCUGAUCUUUCACCUCUAUUUUUACUCCUGUCAGAAUACAGUUUGUAGUGUUAGUUUCAAGCUCUUAUGGACACCCAUCUGACAUGUUUACAUCCUCCUCUCCUCUCCUCUCCUCUCCUCUCCUCUCCUCUCCUCUCCUCUCCUCUCCUCUCCUCUCCUCUCCUCUCCUCUCCUCUCCUCUCCUCUCCUCUCCUCUCCUCUCCUCUCCUCUCCUCUCCUCUCCUCUCCUCUCCUCUCCUCUCCUCUCCUCUCCCUCCCCUCCCCUCCCUCCUCUCCUCUCCCCUCCCCUCCUCUCCUCUCCUCUCCUCUCCUCUCCUCUCCUCUCCUCUCCUCUCCUCUCCUCUCCUCUCCUCUCCUCUCCUCUCCUCUCCUCCUCUCCUCUCCUCUCCUCUCCUCUCCUCUCCUCUCCUCUCCUCUCCUCUCCUCUCCUCUCUCUCAGACAGUGUACCAUGGCCUCUCUCUCUCUGUCCCUGGGUCUGCUGGUGCUAUGCACCCUGGCUCUUGUACAAUGUGGCCCGUAUGACGACCGCGUCAGGGUGUGGGGCAUUAGUGCCACCAACCUGAAAGGAGACCUCCUCUCCCAGCCAGACCCCUACGUCAAGGUGAAUUUAUUCAUUUAUUUAACCUUUAUUUAACCAGAACAGUCAGUUAAUGAAACAUUGUUAUUUACAAUGAGGGACUGGCAGGUGGGGUGGUAAAACAGAAGAAGUACAGUAAUGUUACAGACAGGACAGGCAUCAUAACACAAAAGGACAGAGACACAGCAAUAAUCAACCACAAACAGUAGACAGUCAGCAGUCAUUUGUUUGGAUAUCAAGUAGGCUACAGUGACGUGUGACCAUGAAAAUGUCAGUGAUUGGCUUGUUACUUGUUAGGUGAAUGAACAAAAAAACGAACAAAUGAAUGAACAAACAAACAAACAAAAUAAUGAAUGAAUGCAUUUUAAAAUACAUAUAGAGGUUCCUCAUCCAAGUGAGCCAACUAUACAUACAUAAAAAAUCAUUGAGUAUUAAAGCACAAUCAUAAUAAAACAUGUUUAAUAAUAAAAGUCUACUGACAACAUUAACUUCCUUAGGUGUGGUGUGGCCCAGCCUUCGGUGGCAUGUCCAGCAUUCUGAAUAACCAGGCCAACCCCAACUGGCCCGGCGAGUUCAACUUCCUAGACAUCAUCGACGACUCUGUCCUGAAGCUCGAGGUGAGUUUUGAGCAAUGGAGUGCUUUGAUCAAUGUAAAAGCAGUUUGUAUAUCCAAUAAAUUAUGAUGAUGAGGAAGAGGAAGAGGAGGAGGAGGAGGAGGAGGAUAAUUAUGAGUAAUAUUAUUAUUAAUAUGAUAAAUAUGAUUAUGAUGAAUUAUUAUGAUAUUUGUAUUUAUUAUUAUAAUUAAUGUAAUUAUUAUUAGGUGUGGGAUGAUAACGUCGGACCAGAUGAACGCCUGGGAACCUGCACCACCACCAUCUACCCAGGAACACACAUCGAGACCUGCCACCUGAAGAAAGGCACCGUCUACUACACCUACACCUACCAGAAGGAAUACCAGCAACAGAAUGAUGAUUAGAUUGUAACCUAUGACCUUCUAUCUGAUUGGUUCUCUCACCCUGUCACUCAUGUAUUCACUUCCUUAUAGCAUCAAGAAAAAAAAACAUGCUUUACGGCAAGAUGGUCUCAGUCUGGCUUAAUUUUUUUUUUUUAUAACAUAUUUUUUAUGUUAUUUUAUUGUUUUAUGCUUUCCCAGAAGAUGUCUUAGAUUGGUCCAUAGAAUAUUAAAAGGGAUAAAUCAAUAUUUCUGCUAGAUUUGAGAUUUUAUGUCAAAGCUUUUUACAAUUCAACAUUUACCUUUUACAGUAAACCAUUAUUGUGCUUAAACUUGAGCUUAAUAUAACUUUUUGUUAUUCUAAGCUUUGGCCUUCAUUCCUAAUCAGCGUAUCAGAUAAAUACAAAACUGUUGACAGUACUGUACGUCACAAAACCGUAUUUAGUUUGGUUUAGAGACAUCACUGAGAACGGACCAGCUGUGGGUCUCCAUUGCCUCUUUGCAAUGUGUACGGUGGUUGGUACAGUAUGUGUAAAGGGGGGUUGGUAUGUUUAUGACAGGAUGCCUGGGUAAGGUCCUUAUAAAGGGGAACAGUUAUGUUACUGUAUGUUAUCUUAAGGAUCCAACCUGGGAUGACAUGCUGGGAAGCUGCAACACCACCAUCAGCACAACCACAACGUUGUCAGGGAGCACUCCGAUAUACUUACCGUUUCACAUGUGAUCUAAAAAGCUAAACUGAUCGUAGAUCAUCUUUUAUGAAGACGCUUUAUGAUUACGGGCCCAGAUCAGGGCCAGUAUCCACAUCAGAGUAGGGUUGCCGAUCUAGGAUCAGUUUUAGUCUUCAGAUCAUAAUGAAUAAUAUUAUAUGGACAG